AUGGGGCAGACCAAUGCAACCUUCUGGACGGGCUUUGUCUUCCUGGGCUUCUCCAGCUUUGGGGAACUGCAACCCCUGCUUUUUGCACUGUUCCUCUCUCUGUAUCUUGUCACUCUGACAAGCAAUGUGUUCAUUAUUGUGGUCAUCAGGCUGGACAGCCAUCUGCACACCCCCAUGUACCUCUUUCUUUCCUUUUUAUCAUUCUCGGAGACCUGCUACACCUUGGGCAUCAUCCCUAGGAUGCUCUCUAGUCUGGUCAGGGGCAGGCAGGACAUCUCCUAUGUGGGCUGUGCUGUUCAAAUGUUCUUCUCUGCUUCGUGGGCCUGUACCAACUGCUUCCUCCUGGCUGUCAUGGGCUUUGACAGAUAUGUGGCCAUAUGUGCCCCACUGCACUAUGCCAGCCGCAUGAACCCUAGCCUCUGUGCCCAGCUUGUUGGCACCUCCUUCCUGAGUGGGUAUCUCUUUGGGCUGGGGAUGACACUGGUCAUUUUCCACCUCCCAUUCUGCAGGUCCCAUGAGAUCCAACACUUUUUUUGUGAUACUCCACCAGUGCUGAGCCUGGCUUGUGGAGAUACAAGCCUGAGUGAGCUGGGAAUCCUUCUCCUCAGCCUGCUGGUCCUCCUGGUCUCCUUCUCCUUCAUCGCUGUCUCCUACACCUACAUCCUGGCAGCAAUCUUGAGAAUCCCCUCUACAGAGGGGCGGAAGAAGGCCUUCUCCACCUGUGCCUCUCACCUCACUGUGGUCAUUGUUCACUAUGGCUGUGCCUCCUUCAUGUACUUGAGGCCCAAAACCAUUUAUUCUCUCAAGCGGGACCAGCUUAUUGCUGUCACUUACACCGUGGUGACUCCUCUCCUCAAUCCCAUCAUUUAUAGCCUAAGAAAUCGGGCUGUGCAGACAGCCCUGAGAAAUGCUUUCCGAAGGAGACUGUUGAGUAAAUGA